UCCCAGCGCGGCCGAAGCUCCCGGACCACUCCGGACAAUGGCGGCAGUCGAAGUACUGAAGAUUGGUAAAAAACUCAAUGAGGGUAAAACAAAAGAAGUCUAUGAAUUGUUGGAUAGUCCAGGAAAAGUCCUCCUGCAGUCCAAGGACCAGAUUACAGCAGGAAAUGCAGCCAGAAAGAAUCACCUUGAAGGAAAAGCUGCAAUCUCAAAUAAAAUUACCAGCUGUAUUUUUCAGUUGUUACAGGAAGCAGGUAUCAAAACUGCUUUCACCAGAAAAUGUGGGGAGACAGCUUUCGUUGCACCGAAGUGUGAAAUGAUUCCAAUUGAAUGGGUUUGUAGAAGAAUAGCAACUGGUUCUUUUCUCAAAAGAAAUCCUGGUGUUAAGGAAGGAUAUAAGUUCUACCCACCUAAAGUGGAGAUGUUUUUUAAGGAUGAUGCCAAUAAUGAUCCACAGUGGUCUGAGGAACAGCUAAUUGCUGCAAAUUUUUGCUUUGCUGGACUUGUUAUAGGACAAACUGAAGUGGAUAUCAUGAGCCAUGCUACGCAGGCUAUUUUUGAAAUACUGGAGAAAUCCUGGUUGCCCCAGAACUGUACACUAGUUGAUAUGAAGAUUGAAUUUGGUGUUGAUGUAACCACCAGAGAAAUUGUCCUUGCUGAUGUUAUUGAUAAUGAUUCCUGGAGACUCUGGCCAUCAGGAGAUCGAACUCAGCAAAAAGACAAACAGUCAUAUCGUGAUCUCAAGGAAGUAACUCCUGAAGGGCUGCAGAUGGUAAAGAAGAAUUUUGAGUGGGUUGCAGAAAGAGUAGAGUUGCUUCUGAAACCAGAAAGUCAGUGCAGGGUUAUAGUAUUGAUGGGCUCAACCUCUGAUCUUAAUCACUGUGAAAAAAUUAGGAAGGCUUGUGGAGAUUUUGGCAUUCCAUGUGAACUUAGGGUCACCUCUGCGCAUAAAGGACCAGAUGAAACUCUGAGGAUUAAAGCUGAGUAUGAAGGGGAUGGCAUUCCUACUGUAUUUGUGGCAGUGGCAGGCAGAAGCAAUGGUUUAGGGCCGGUGUUGUCUGGUAACACUGCAUAUCCAGUUAUCAGCUGUCCUCCUCUCACUCCAGACUGGGGAGCUCAGGAUGUGUGGUCUUCUCUUCGAUUACCCAGUGGUCUUGGCUGUCCGACCAUCCUUUCUCCAGAAGGAUCAGCUCAGUUUGCUGCUCAGAUAUUUGGAUUAAAUAACCAUCUGAUCUGGGCCCGACUGCGAGCAAGUGUAUUAAACACAUGGAUUUCCUUGAAGCAGGCAGACAAGAAAAUCAGAGAGGCCAAUUUAUAAGAAAGAACAUCACUGCAUUUUUUUAGGAGGAAAACUAUAAUUUUCUAGUUCAGCUGCCCCCCCCCCCCAAAUCAAGAUGAAAAGAUUU